AGGAACCUGCUAGCACCGACCGCCCUUAUCUACCAACUGCAGAGGGCGGCUGCCGCUGCCUCCUCCUCCUCCCCGUGUGUCACGUCUUCUCCAUUCAGCCCCCAGCAUCACCACCGACGCUGCAGGGAGGACCACCUAAAAACAAACAAACCCUAACAAAUCCCAAACUCGAGGGGCAGAGACCAAUACUCCCAAGCACGCCAUGAAGGGCGAUGCAGGCGUAUUUCCUACAUUAAAUGAAGUGUCUGGAUUCUGCUGAUGGCAUUGUCUAGAAGGAAGUGCUCCCUUGUCUGUGAUUGACAAUGUUGUUAAGUCCAGAUCCUCAAAAGUAUAUAGGGGGCUUCACUGUUAUAGAUAACCAAAGUUAACUUCAGGAUGCUCAAACGGAAACAAAGCUCACGUGUGGAAGCUCAGCCUGUUACAGACUUUGGCCCUGAUGAAUCUUUGUCAGACAAUGCAGAUAUCCUGUGGAUUAACAAGCCAUGGGUUCACUCUUUGCUACGCAUCUGCGCCAUCAUCAGUGUUAUUUCUGUUUGUAUGAACACCCCAAAGACCUUUGAGCAUUAUCCACCUCUUCAAUAUUUGACAUUUGCUCUAGAUACUUUAUUGAUGUUUCUCUACACUGCAGAGAUGAUAGCAAAAAUGCAUAUCCGUGGGAUAGUCAAGGGGGAUAGCUCCUAUGUAAAGGAUCGUUGGUGUGUGUUUGAUGGAUUCAUGGUUUUUUGUCUUUGGGUGUCAUUGGUGUUACAGGUGUUUGAAAUCGCUGAGAUAGUUGAUCAGAUGUCACCUUGGGGCAUGCUGCGAAUUCCAAGGCCUCUUAUUAUGAUUCGAGCAUUCCGGAUAUAUUUUCGCUUUGAGCUUCCAAGAACCAGGAUAACAAAUAUUUUAAAGCGUUCCGGAGAGCAGAUUUGGAGUGUUUCAAUUUUCCUUCUAUUCUUUCUGCUUCUGUAUGGAAUUCUAGGAGUUCAGAUGUUUGGAACUUUUACCUAUCAUUGUGUAACAAAUGACACCCAGCCAGGAAAUGUAACCUGGAAUAAUUUAGCUAUCCCAGAUACCCACUGUUCCAGAGAGCUAGAAGAAGGUUACCAGUGUCCAGCAGGAUUUAAGUGCAUGGACCUUGAAGAUCUGGGACUAAGCAGGCAAGAGCUGGGCUACAGUGGCUUUAAUGAGAUAGGCACAAGCAUAUUUACCGUUUAUGAAGCUGCUUCUCAGGAAGGCUGGGUGUUCCUUAUGUAUAGAGCAAUUGACAGUUUUCCCCGAUGGCGUUCAUACUUCUAUUUCAUCACCUUGAUUUUCUUUCUCGCCUGGCUUGUUAAGAAUGUGUUCAUCGCUGUCAUCAUUGAAACAUUUGCUGAAAUCAGAGUGCAAUUCCAGCAGAUGUGGGGGUCCAGAAGCAGUACCACCUCAACUGCUACUACCCAGAUGUUUCAUGAAGAUGCUGCUGGAGGAUGGCAGCUAGUGGCUGUUGAUAUGAAUAAACCCCAGGGCAGAGCUCCAGCAUGUCUACAGAAAAUGAUGAGGUCAUCAAUAUUUCAUAUGUUCAUACUGAGCAUGGUGGCAGUAGAUGUCAUUGUCGCUGCUAGUAAUUACUACAAAGGAGAGACUUUCAAAAGACAGCAUGAUGAAUUUUACCUAGCUGAGGUUGCUUUUACAGUUCUCUUUGACUUAGAAGCUCUUCUGAAGAUCUGGUGCUUGGGCUUUACUGGAUAUAUCAGCUCAUCUCUUCACAAAUUUGAACUGCUGCUUGUAAUUGGAACUACUCUUCAUAUUUAUCCAGACCUCUACCAUUCCCAGUUUACAUAUUUCCAGGUGCUUAGGGUAGUUCGACUUAUAAAGAUUUCUCCUGCUUUGGAGGAUUUUGUGUAUAAGAUAUUUGGACCUGGAAAAAAACUUGGGAGCUUGGUUGUAUUCACUGCCAGCCUUUUAAUUGUAAUGUCAGCAAUUAGUUUACAGAUGUUCUGCUUUGUGGAAGAACUGGACAGAUUUACAACUUUUCCAAGGGCAUUCAUGUCAAUGUUCCAGAUCCUUACACAGGAAGGAUGGGUGGAUGUCAUGGAUCAGACUCUUAAUGCUGUAGGACAUAUGUGGGCACCUGUAGUUGCUAUUUACUUUAUACUUUAUCAUCUUUUUGCGACACUGAUUUUGCUCAGCUUGUUUGUUGCUGUUAUUUUGGACAACUUGGAACUUGAUGAAGAUCUAAAGAAGCUUAAACAACUAAAGCAAAGUGAAGCCAAUGCUGAUACUAAAGAAAAGCUUCCACUGCGUCUACGUAUAUUUGAAAAAUUUCCUAACAGGCCACAAAUGGUGAAAAUCUCCAAGCUUCCUUCAGAUUUUACAGUUCCAAAAAUAAGGGAAAGUUUUAUGAAGCAGUUUAUUGAUCGUCAGCAGCAGGAUACAAGCUGCUUAUUGCGAAGACUCCCUUCGGCAUCUUCUUCCUCAUGUGACCACUCCAAAAGAUCUGCAAUUGAAGAAAACAAGUAUAUUGACCAAAAGCUCCGUAAAUCUGUUUUCAGCAUCAGGGCAAGAAAUCUUCUGGAAAAGGAGACAGCAAUCAAUAAAAUCCUUAGGGCCUGCACUAGACAACGCAUGCUGAGUGGCUCCUUUGAGGGGCAACCUGCAAAGGAAAGGUCAAUACUUAGUGUCCAGCAUCACAUACGGCAAGAGCGCAGAUCACUAAGACAUGGUUCCAACAGCCAGCGAAUCAGCAGGGGAAAGUCUCUUGAAACCUUGACUCAAGAUCAUUCUAAUACAGUGAGAUACAGAAACGCACAGAGAGAAGACAGUGAGAUCAAGAUGAUCCAGGAAAAAAAGGAACAAGCUGAAAUGAAAAGGAAAGUCCAAGAGGAGGAGUUGCGAGAGAAUCAUCCAUAUUUUGAUAAGCCACUUUUCAUAGUUGGUCGAGAACACAGAUUCAGGAACUUUUGUCGUGUGGUUGUGCGUGCUCGCUUUAACGCUUCUAAAACAGAUCCUGUUACCGGAGCUGUGAAAAAUACCAAAUACCAUCAGCUAUAUGAUUUGCUGGGAUUGGUUACUUACCUGGACUGGGUUAUGAUCAUUGUUACUAUAUGCUCCUGCAUUUCUAUGAUGUUUGAAUCCCCCUUUAGAAGAGUUAUGCGUGCUCCAACACUCCAGAUUGCUGAAUAUGUUUUUGUAAUAUUCAUGAGCAUUGAGCUUAAUCUGAAGAUUAUGGCAGAUGGCUUGUUUUUUACACCAACAGCUGUCAUAAGGGACUUUGGAGGAGUCAUGGAUAUAUUUAUAUAUCUUGUAAGUUUGAUAUUCCUUUGCUGGAUGCCUCAGAACGUUCCUGCUAAAUCUGGAGCUCAGCUCUUAAUGAUACUACGAUGUCUCCGACCCCUUCGCAUUUUCAAACUGGUGCCGCAAAUGAGGAAAGUGGUACGAGAGUUGUUUAGUGGCUUCAAGGAAAUCUUCUUGGUGUCCAUUCUUUUGCUGACAUUAAUGCUUGUUUUUGCAAGCUUUGGAGUUCAGCUUUUUGCUGGGAAACUGGCCAAGUGCAAUGAUCCACACAUCAUCUCAAGGGAAGAUUGUCAUGGCAUCUUCAGAAUAAAUGUAAGUGUUUCAAAAAACCUGAAUUUAAAGCUAAGACCUGGAGAGAAAAAGCCUGGAUUUUGGGUGCCACGAGUCUGGGCAAAUCCUCGCAAUUUUAAUUUUGACAAUGUGGGAAAUGCCAUGUUGGCACUAUUUGAAGUUCUUUCAUUAAAAGGCUGGGUGGAAGUCAGAGAUGUCAUUAUUCAUCGCGUGGGGCCGAUCCAUGGAAUCUAUAUUCAUGUCUUUGUGUUCCUGGGCUGCAUGAUUGGAUUGACCCUUUUUGUUGGAGUUGUCAUUGCUAAUUUCAAUGAAAAUAAGGGUACAGCUUUACUGACUGUAGAUCAGAGACGGUGGGAAGAUCUAAAGAGCAGACUGAAGAUAGCUCAACCUCUUCAUCUCCCACCUCGUCCGGAUAACGAUGGCUUUAGAGCCAAAAUGUAUGAUAUAACGCAGCAUCCGUUUUUUAAGAGGACUAUUGCUGUGCUUGUUCUGGCCCAAUCUGUCUUGCUUUCAGUGAAGUGGGAUGUCGAAGAUCCAGUGACUGUUCCUUUAGCAACAAUGUCUGUUGUUUUCACCUUCAUUUUUGUCCUAGAGGUCACUAUGAAGAUUAUUGCCAUGUCACCUGCUGGCUUCUGGCAAAGCAGAAGAAAUCGAUAUGACCUUUUGGUGACCUCCCUUGGUGUUAUAUGGGUGAUACUUCACUUUGCCUUACUAAAUGCAUACACAUAUAUGAUGGGUGCAUGUGUAAUUGUCUUCAGGUUCUUCUCAAUUUGUGGGAAACAUGUGACACUGAAAAUGCUGCUGCUGACUGUGGUUGUCAGCAUGUAUAAGAGUUUCUUCAUCAUUGUGGGAAUGUUCUUACUGCUUCUUUGUUAUGCUUUCGCUGGAGUCGUUUUAUUUGGCACAGUGAAAUAUGGAGAGAAUAUUAACAGGCAUGCAAACUUUUCAUCAGCUGGCAAGGCCAUUACUGUACUCUUCAGAAUAGUUACUGGGGAAGACUGGAACAAGAUUAUGCAUGACUGCAUGGUUCAGCCUCCUUUUUGUACUCCAGAUAACAGCACAUACUGGAGGACAGAUUGUGGAAAUUAUGCUGGUGCUCUGAUGUAUUUCUGUUCCUUUUAUGUCAUCAUUGCAUACAUAAUGCUAAAUUUGCUUGUAGCUAUCAUUGUGGAGAAUUUCUCAUUGUUUUACUCCACCGAAGAAGACCAACUUUUAAGCUAUAAUGAUCUUAGACAUUUUCAAAUUAUAUGGAACAUGGUUGAUGACAAAAGAGAGGGGGUAAUCCCUACCUUCCGUGUGAAGUUUCUGCUGAGGUUGCUGCGUGGGAGGUUGGAGGUAGAUCUUGACAAGGACAAACUUUUGUUCAAGCACAUGUGCUAUGAAAUGGAGAGGCUGCAUAAUGGUGGAGAUGUCACUUUCCAUGACGUAUUGAGCAUGCUGUCAUACAGGUCUGUUGAUAUCAGGAAAAGCCUUCAGCUGGAAGAGCUGCUUGCCAGGGAACAACUGGAGUACACAAUAGAAGAAGAAGUGGCCAAACAAACCAUACGCAUGUGGCUGAAGAAAUGCUUAAAGCGUAUCAGAGCAAAACAGCAGCAGUCAUGUAGCAUUAUCCAUAGUCUACGAGAGAGUCAACAGCAGGAGUUGAGCCGAUUUCUGAAUCCGCCCAGCAUUGAGACAACACAGCCAAGUGAAGAUAUGAAUACUAAUAAUCAAGAUAAUGCACAGCCAGAGACCAGUAGCCAGCAGCAGCUCCUUAGUCCAACGCUUUCUGACAGGGGCGGGUAUCGGCAGGACUCUACAGAUGGUGGGAAGCCUCAACGGAAAUUCGGACAAUGGCGUUUACCUUCAGCCCCCAAACCAAUAAGCCAUUCAGUGUCUUCAGUCAAUCUGCGGUUUGGUGGUCGCACAACUAUGAAAUCUGUUGUAUGCAAGAUGAAUCCUAUGUCAGAUGCUGCUUCUUGUGGAUCAGAAGUGAAGAAAUGGUGGACAAGACAACUAACUGUGGAAAGUGAUGAGAGUGGGGAGGAUCUUCUUGACAUCUGACCAAGAAAAGAGCCUAACUUAAGUCAUAUUGCAACAACAGCCAUUUCAAAUAAAAACAAUUUUCUUGGGUUUUGAAUUGAAUGAGAUAUAAUUGAUGUAUCAUUUAUUUAAAACUAAUGCCAUAGGAUUUUUCAACUGCUUUAUCUUUUUGCCAUAUAAAACAUAAUACAGACCUGUAUGUUAGAUUUCAGCUCUAUUGUGAAGAUUAUUGUAUGUUAAGAAGACUCUAUAUUAUGACAGUAUUGAUGACGCCACAGAGUCUCUAUUGUCUUUAGCAUAGAUGGAGCAUUGAAAGAUUUCAUACAUUCUGAAGCUGUAACAAAAAUUUGUAUUCAGGUAUACACUUCUGCAUUUCUUCAUCCUGUACCAUACCUGAAAAUGGCCAGCACAUUACUGUACAGCAUUUCUUUUCUUUUUAUUUUCCCUCAGUUCUAUUCUAGUAAUAUUUCUCUAGAAAGAUUUUAUUAUUCAUGAAUGACCUAAAGAGGUCAGCACUGAGUUCAUGGUAAGGGACAGUAUUUUUACAAAGUACAGAUUCUGAAUUUCAAGUCUAGUCUUUUUCUUGUAAUUUUCUUAAAUAUGCAAAUACAAUAUAGCUGAUUUUAAAAUCAGAAAAUGAUGGAUUGGCUUUUAAAAAUUGGAAUUUUUUCUUCUGGUUAAUUAUGUAUAGAGUUUGAUUUUCAUAAGAAAUCAGCCAAAAAAUUACAUGGGUUAAGAAUUUGCAAAAGCAUCUACACAUGGUAUGUUUCAUUAGUGACCUGGAAAACAAAAAUAAAUCCUAUGUAAAGUGGGAACUUGGAUGGAUUGCUAAAGAGGAGUACAAAAGAAUUGCAAAACCAGAAAGCCUAAGGCACAAAACUAGUUACACCUAGUAAGAGACAUAAGCAGCAAUAAGAAGAGGUUCUUUAAAUACCUUAGGACCAUGAGAAAAACAUAGGAAAGCGUAGGUCCUCUACCCAGUGGGGAAGGAGAGCUGAUGAUAUCCAAGAAGCUGAGAUGUUUAAUGCCUAUUAUGCUUCAGUCUUCACUAAAAAGAGUAAUGGUGACCAGAUACUUGAUACAAUUAAUAUUCUAACAAGGUGGAAGGAACACAAGGCACAAUAGGAAAAGUCCAGGUUAAAGAAUAUUUAGAUUAGUUAGGAUGAAUUUCAUUUGGCCCUGCCAACUUGAAUAUAUCUAAGGUACUUAAGAAACUAGCCGAAGCAAUCUCGGAACCAUUAGCAAUUAUCUUUGAGAACUCAUGGAGGCCCCAGAGGACUGAAGAAGACCAAAUAUAGUACCUGACUUUAAAAAGGGAAACAAAGAGGACAUGGGGCUUUAUAGACUGGUCAUCCUAACGUUGAUAUCUGGAAAGAUAUCGGAACAAUUUAUUAAACAAUCAAUUUGUAAGUGCCUCAAGGAUAAUAGGAAUACUAAGGAAUAGCCAGCAUGGAUUUGUUAAGAACAAAUUAUGCCAAACCAAGAUAACUUCCUUCUUUGACAGGGUUACUGGCCUAGUGGAUAGAGGGGAAGCAGUAGACAUGUUAUAUAAAAUAGCAAGUUGGGUCGUCUUUACAACUCUGAGGCUGUUAAAAUACAGUUCAGUUUUACCAAUCUAGAUAGGAGUGAACCAAGUUUUAAGCAAGUCAUUAUUCAUGCUCCAGUCUGACAAACCCAGGGCUGUAUCAUGAUUCCAUAACAUGGUUAAAAAGUGGUUUGGUCCCUUUUAGUCUGGGAAAUCAUGUUUUAACAUGUGAUGGUGGUUUUGCGUAGCACCAAGAAUGCUUACCACUUGAGAGAUAAGCAAAAGAGAAUCAGUCGGUUUCCCUGAGAGUUUUCAAUAUAGGUUGAUGCUAUACAAAUGCAGGGAUGGGAAAGAGAAGUGACCAAAAGCAGCGUGAAUGAUCAGUGAAGCAUGGCACAUAUCUUGUAGGUUCCACACUAUACAGUUGUUUAAAUAUAUGGGCUGGGGAUUGUGUUCCCUUUCCUCAGAUACACACUGGCAGUUGCAGGCUUUGUAGCUGGGCCCCAAACACAAUUGUUUUUGUAGUAUAGCGGAGACCUUUUCCACUACCAUUGUUUCCUAUGGAAAUGAUAGGUUGCUUUAACAUGGCCUGACGUGAGAUCUUGUGAGACGCUCACAGUUAAUGUAUGGUUCCACAUGUCAUAUUUUCUUUCAAAAACUGGCAAUUGUCAGUGUUCUAUAGUGUUUUCUGGCCAAAACAGUAAUGUAGAAUGAUCAGAAGACAGUAUUGUUUUCACUGAUGCCUUCACCAGUGAUGCAAACUCAGUUUUGACCACAAAAUACAGUUUUCAUGGCGUCUAUCAACAUUUCUCUGUGUGCUGUUGAACAGAUAUUUUUUGAACGUAAUAGUCUCAAAGAAUCAUAAUGUACACAUUUGUGCUUGGUGUAGUCAUUAUGUUCUGUGGUAAAUUUAAGUUUAAAACUAGUCAAAAACUUACAUGCAUCGUAGAUUUAAAGUAACCAAAUAUGUGCAUUCUGUUGUUUAUUAAGUAGACUAUGACUAAACGUUUAAGAAAAUUACAAAGUAUCUUUGAAAAGGCCAGUAUUUUGUGUUCUGUUUUGUGUCAAUUUGAAGUUCAGCUUUUGUAUAUAAGACAAUCUGAUAAAUAUUGGAUUUAUAAAAGAUAUAAUCUUGAUUUUCAAUAAUGUAUUGAACUGCAGAAACUUUCUGAAUCAUUGUUACUGCGAGUCGUCUUUUUUAAAAAAAAAUCUGGCAAACAUUUUGUCCUUGCCUACAGUACUCUGUUAAUAAAAGUGAGUUGCAUUAAGCCAGAUCCAUCCCCCAAACUUUAAUUAUAACUGCAUUUGAUGUGCUUACAUCAUAUAUUACUUGGCUGCAUAGUAGCAUGUAAUUUUAUUUAAAAUGCAUGCAGAAUAGCAGUGGUAGCAUUUAAGUCCUAACAAUUGUCAUAUCAGAUCAGAGCAGUGGUCCAUCCAGUCCAGUAUUCUAGAUGUUUCUGAUGAAGGGCCAAGAAAUCCUAAAUGGAUAAUUAUAUCAAUAUUAUUUCAUUACUGGAGGAGCCAAGGCCUCCCCACUUACCUUGAAACAAAUAUUUUUAAGCGUAUCCAAGGAAAACAAGCAGAUUAAGAGUUAGCCACAAUGGAAAAGCCAGAAUCCAGUUGUCUGUACCCUAGUUGGGCUACAUGGGAUAGAUCACUUGAUGAUUACCUGUUCUGUUCAUGCCCUCUGGGGCACCUGGCAUUGGCCACUGUUGGCAGAGAGGAUACUGGGCUAGAUGGACCUUUGGUCUGACCCAGCAUGGCUGUUCUUAUGUAGUUUUGCUGUUACAGAUGUAAGCAAUCAGAUACAAUUACAGAGAUGUGGAAAUGUAUAUAUGUCAAUCGUAACACUCAGGGAUGUCAGAAACCAGGUGAAAAACCUCCUUAUAUAACUAAAGAAUAGGAGAGAGCCAUCACAUUCAAUAGUGGAGAACCUAGCACGGGAAAGAGGUUAAGAGGCGACAAGUUGAAAAAUCACCUCAAGUGCAGUGACAACUUGCCUGAACAAUACUGUUCAGCCAGGGAAAGAAAAGCCCGCCAGGGAGACAGAGUGUACCAGUUCACCGAUGGAAAUGUAAGUGUCCUAGAGAAGAGAGAAGUUGAAAAAAACACACACCUAAAAGUUUAAAAAUAAAAAAGGAGCACUCCCACAAGGCCAGAAACAUCUGUUGCACACAAUGUCCUUGGUAUAUGAAACCAAACCCAGAGUUAUCUCGUGAAAAGGAAAAAAUAAAAUAUUUUGGAUUCCCCAUAAGUCCCAGCCCUACUCCCCAUGAUGUCAGUGGCAAAAAUCCCUGUGACUUCAACAGAGCAAUACUGAGCUUUCACAGAAAUAAAAAGGAAGCUAUUAUAAAAUCUGAGCACCAGCCUUAAAUGAGCUCAAUAUUAUUUUAUUGGUUCACUAUUAUUUUAUCAUGUCAGAUUUCAGACAGUUAAAUUUGCAACCAAAAAUGGAUAGCAUUUCUGAUAAGGAGAUACCACUUCUUAAUACUGAUCUAAAAAUUUAAAUAAGAUGUUUGUCUAUCAGACUUAAAAAUUAUCAUUUCUUUAGUCAGUGAGGACCAGGUGGGCUUUCUCAUUGGUAGAUUCUCCAAAAAAAAUAUUAUCACCUCUGAACUUCUGAAAGGGCCUGAAAUUGAUGUUAUAUUAGCUAAUGGCUACCUAUGAAGAUCAAUAUUGUAGCUUCUGAGCAGUCAGAGGAGAGUUGUACUCCCAAGUGGGGUGUUUUUUUUGUAGGAGAAAAAUUCUGAGGGGACAGUAUCAGGAUGAGAUUUCCUGCUCUAUUUUUUAUUUGCAAUAAUCCACAUUGCUCCUGUCAUUGCUUCAGAAAAGGAUGGCUAUUAACCACAAAAGCAGCAGCAAUGCUUUGCUUUGUGUAAUAAUACUUUUGGAACCCCAGCAACAUAGAUCUGUGUUUAAAGUGCAAUCCAGACUGCACUUUAUUAACUCCUCUUAAAUCUUCCUCAAACCACAAUCACCUGGAACCCAAGCAGGUGGUAUGGGUAUCUCAACCUCCCUGAGCUCAGCGUCAGCAGGCCAAAUCUAUCCCUGCUGUAAUUCCAUUGAAGUCAAUUUAUUUACAGGAGGGAUUAAUUUGCCCCAAAAUGUAAGUUGUUGAUGGACAAGUUGGUUGUCCUGACUUGUUCAAUUGCUCUGCAACACAAAGGAAGCUCACUAGAAUUCAAUUAACCUUCCUCUUAAUCUCAAGGAUUGUAGUGUGGGAAUCCAUUAGCAAUUUUUGCUCAUUGUUCUCACUGAAGUACCUUCAAGCACCAGAGUUAUUAACCCCUCAGUGAGUUAAGUGUAUAUGCAGCACAUUUAACCCCUCUCUGCAGGUUCCCAUCUCAGCUAUUUAUUUCACUAGCAUUAUAGGGUUCAUACUUUUACCUGACUUGCACAUGUGCAUUGGGGGAUUUGGGCAACUAAUUUGGGCACACACAAAAGUGUCCCUUACAAAAGGGCAGCUUGUUGUGAAUGAAAGAAAAGCUUAAGUAGGGGGUUAAAAGGAAUAAAAUGUUUAGCUGCCUGACGUUUCCUCCUCACAUUUGAAGAGCCUUUUCUUCUUUUGUUGCUGCCACAAAACUGGAGUUUUUCAAUAGACAUUUUGUGUCUCAGCAAAAUUUUUGCCGAAGUUGGACACAAAAACGUUUGUACUACAUGCAUAUCAGUAAGAAUCUGGGGAAGGCUUUGACAGGGCUUUCUGAAUUAGCAUAGGGUAGACUCAAGGAACUCAAUCUCUUUAGUUUAACAAAGCAAAGGUUAAGGGGUGAGUUGAUUAGAGUCUGCAAGUACCUACAUUGGGAACAAAUAGUCAAUAAUGGGCUCUGCAAUCUAACAGAGAACGGUGUUUCUACCUAACAUGCUCCAGUGGAUGGAAGUCAGGGCCGGCUCCAGGCACCAGCAUUCUAAGCUGGUGCUUGCGGCAGCAAUCUGUAAGGGGCGGCAGUCCCUGUUGUUUUGCCCCCAAGCAGCACGCCCUUGGGGGCAGUCAGUGUGCCCUUAGGGUGGCAGGCACGUU